AUGACAGCAUUUCUACCGCCCAAUCUCCUGGCCCUGUUCGAAGCUCGUCCGCCAGUUCAAUAUCUUCCUCCGGUUGAGGAUCUUCUCGUUGACAAAAAUGCAAAAAGAGCGCCGAUGACUGGAGUUGCUCAAUACAUUGGAUUAUUUGAGGAUCCAAAGGAUACACCAGCGAAGAUUCCAGUUGUGACCAAAGCUCAAGCUAAAGAAGAGAAACGGCGACAGAAAGAUGAAUUACUCGCAUACAAAGUUGAGCAAGGGAUCGCAACAUGGAAUCCUGCGGAAAAUCCAAGAGCUUCCGAAGAUCCCUAUCGGACACUUUUUGUUGGGCGAAUUAAUUAUGAAACAUCAGAGAGUAAGCUGAGGAGAGAGUUCGAAGCAUACGGAAAAAUUAAGAAGUUAACAAUGGUGCAUGAUGAAGCUGGUAAACCACGGGGAUAUGCCUUCAUCGAAUACAGCGAUAAAGCGGAAAUGCAUACUGCAUAUAAGAAAGCGGACGGAAUCAAGGUUGACGGGAAACGGCUUGUUGUUGAUUAUGAAAGAGGUCGUACCCAAAAAACAUGGCUCCCUAGAAGACUUGGUGGCGGCAAAGGAGAUACCCGAAAAACUCGUGAAUCUAAAGCAGUAAUUGAAGAACGAGAAAUGCAAUCCGGAUUUGGUGGAGGUGGAUACGAUGAUCGGGAUAGAGACCGAAGUGGUAGUCGUGACAGAAGACAAGAUUCGUAUCGUAACGGUGGAGGGAACGAUAGAGAUCGUCGUGAAUCUUCUGGAGGGUUCAGAGACAGUCGUGGUGGCGGUUUUGGUGGAGGUCGGGAUCGUAAUGGCGAUCGCGGUAGUGGAUACGGAGGAGAUCGUGGUUACGGCGGGGAUCGUGGCGGUGACAGAGGUGGAAGUCGGUACAGUUCAAGUGGUGCAGGAUCAGGAAGUGGGCACCGGAGCGGUAGUGGCGCUGGAAGCGGAGGACGACUCGAAAUGCCGGGUUCCAUGAGCAAGCUGGGUGGGCUAGCUAAUGGCCUUCUGGCGUGCUCCAGAACCGGAACUCUGUCGAAUCAGGUCAGAGGAGUUGUUCAUAAGAGUCUUCUCAAACUCCCAUCCGAGCACCCAGAACCAUGGGAUUAUAAGCACAAAGGUUUCAAUUAUAUUGAUGGAUUGAAAGAUGAUACUCAAGCUCAUUUACAUCAAAAUUCCAAGUUGAUCGUUAUCGAGGGAAACAUUGGAUCUGGAAAGACAACCUUGGCAAAACAGCUUGCUGAUCAGCUGGGAUUCGUCCAUAUCCCAGAAUUCAGAAUGGAUGAUAUUCUCAUCGAUAGAUACGGAAACGAUCUUCGCAAUUACUACAGCAAGUUCCCAGCUCGCUACCGUCUCCCGGACAUGUCCAUGUUCUACAAAAAUCCACGUGGAGAACUUUCGGCUGCAAUGCAAGAUCGUAUUUUCAACUGCCGAUUUGAUCAAUAUCUGAACGCCCUCGCUCAUAUUUUGAAUACUGGACAAGGAGUUGUUCUCGAGCGUACCCCUCACUCCGAUUUCGUGUUUGCCAACGCUAUGAGAGACAAGAAUUAUAUCGGACACGAAUACUUCAAGCACUAUUACUUCGUCCGCAAAAAUGCUCUUCCUCAAUUGCACUUCUGGCCUCAUUUGGUCGUUUAUUUGAAAACUCCAACCAAUAAGUGCCUUGAAAACAUCAAGAGAAGAGGGAAUACCGACGAAAUUGCUGUAGUCGAUGAGCGUUAUUUGAAAACGAUUGAGGAGUCUUACAAGGAUUCACUCCGCGAGUAUAGGAAUCACUCGAAAAUUCUUGCGUACGACUGGACUAAACCAGGAGAUACGGAUGCUGUUGUAGAGGAUAUUGAACGGCUAGAUCUCGAUUUCUUCGAGUGGCAUAGUGGAGAUGUUAUGGAAGAAUGGAAUACAAUUGUUGAUUCAAUUGGAUGGAAUGGAUGGAGACAAUAUGUCACGAACAAAUUUGAUGCCCGUAUGCUCGCUUUCGAUGGAAUUCCAAAGCACGAAGUCGGAGAGUUGUACACCAAUCCACGUGAUACUGGACACUUCCUCCAUGUAAUGCGCAAAGAAGUUCUCAAAUCUCCAUUCGGAUACGGCUACAUUGCUAAGAAUGGGGAUCAUCAAGCAGGAAUAACUGCCUGGCAUACCGGACAUCAUCUUCCAGAGCCAUGGUACGAAUACUAUUUCCGAGAGGCGUACUAUGACGAUUUGACGUCUCACGAAACUUCACUGGAUUUGGAUUCCGAUUCGUACGAUCCGGAUUACGUGCAUCAUCAUCACUAA